AUGCUGUUCGCGCCCAGAGAAUUCUUUCUGGGACUUUUCCGAACCGCCAUUUUUUCUUCGCCCUUCAGAUAUACAGAUGAAGAUGAGCCUCGAAGAUUUUUAGUCCUACCGUCGACUUUAAAGAAUAGAAUAUGUGAGAACGAGAAAACUUUCACGAAUAUCUAUCUAUCUAUCUAUCUAUCUAUCUAUGUAUCUAUCUAUCUAUCUAUCUAUCUAUCUAUCUAUCUAUCUAUGUACAUAUUUGGAUAUCAAAUUCUUCUUCUUCUUCUUCUUCCCCCUUCUUCUUCUUCUUCUUCUUCUUCUUCUUCUUCUUCUUCUUUCUCCUCCUUCUUCCUCCUCUUCCUCCUCCUAUAUGCCUCUAUUUAUACUAAUUUAUCUUUCAGACAUUCAUUCAAAUUCUGUAAAUUCCGUGAGGAAUAUGUGACCCACAGCCCUCAAUAUCAGAUUGUAGGUAUAGAUAAAAAGCAAUGCGUAUCUAUUUAUCUAUCUAUCUAUCUAUCUUGGUUUGUUCAUAUCUAUCUUAAUCUGUUCAUAUCUAUCUAUCUAUCUAUCUACCUUAUUCUGUUCAUAUGUAUCUAUCUAUCUAUGUUAGUCUGUUCAUAUCUAUCUAUCUAUCUAUCUAUCUAUCUUGUCUGUUCAUAUCUAUCUAUCUAUCUAUCUAUCUAUCUAUCUAUCUAUCUUAGUCCAUAUCUAUCUAUCUAUCUAUCUAUCUAUCUAUCUAUCUAUCUAUCUAUCUAUCUAUCUUGGUUUGUUCAUAUCUAUAUAUCUAUGUAUCUAUCUAUCUCAGUCUGUUCAUAUCUAUCUAUCUAUCUAUCUAUCUAUCUAUCUAUCUAUCUAUCUUAUCCAUAUCUAUCUAUCUAUCUAUCUAUCUUGGUUUGUUCAUAUCUAUCUAUCUAUCUAUCUAUCUAUCUAUCUAUCUAUCUAUCUAUCUAUCUCAGUCUGUUCAUAUCUAUCUAUCUAUCUUCAGCGUUCUGGCUAUCGAUCUAUCUUAUUCUCUUCAUAUCACUUUAUCUCUUUUCCGUUCUCUCUUUCUCUUUCUUUCUCCACUUAUACAUAAUUCGCUUUUUUAUCUAUCUAUCUAUCUAUCUAUCUAUCUAUCUAUCUAUCUAUCUAUCUAUCUAUCUAUCUAUCUUAGUCUCUUCAUAUAAAUUUAUCGCUUUUCCUUUCUCUCUCUAA